AUGGCGCCCGGCGCUGAGGCGAGUUCCGGUGCCACCAUGGCCCCGACGCGGCUGGAGCUGAACCUGAUGCGGCUCCUGAGCCGGUGCGAGGCGCUGGCGGCGGAGCGGCGGGACCCCGAGGAGUGGCGGCUGGAGAAGUAUGUGGCUGCUCUGGAGGACAUGCUCCGGGAGCUGAAGAAGCAGGCCAGCAAGCCAGCCCCUGAGCUGCUGAACGAAUACUCUCGCAAAGUGGACUUCCUAAAGGGACUCCUAGAAGCUGAAAAAUUGUCUUCGUCCACAGAAAAGGCUCUGGCAAACCAGCUGCUGGCCCCUGGGCGCACCCCGACCACAGCCAAGGAGAGAACCCCGGCCACCAAAACCGUCCACCUGCAGACCAAGGCGCGCUGCACGGGCCAGAUGAGGAGCGAGCUGCUUGGCACAGACCCCCUGGCUACUGAUGAUUCUGAGGAGUUGAACAUAAGGAAGCGAAAAGGCCUCACAUCAGAUGAGAAGCAGUCGGCAGUGGAGCUGGAUGCUGUGCUGCAGCACCACCAGGACAUGCAGGAGAAGCUGGCUGAGGAAAUGCUCAGCUUGGCUCGCAGCCUCAAGAACAACACCCUGGCUGCCCAGAACGUGAUCAAACAGGACAACCAGACACUGUCACACUCCCUCAGGAUGGCAGACCAGAACUUUGAGAAGCUCAAGGACGAGUCUGACCGCCUGGAACAGCACGCCAAGAAAUCUGUCAACUGGCUGCUGUGGAUAAUGCUCAUUGUUGUUUGUUUUAUAUUCAUCAGCAUGAUUCUCUUCAUCAGGAUUUUCCCCAAACUGAAAUGAUUGUGUUCCAUUUUAUUUAAAGCUGUCUGCAGUGCAAUGGAAAGCUCAGCUGGUGUGAGAAUUGUCACAGUCCUGUGACAAUGUCCUUAAAGAGGACAUAGAUAGGCCUGUCCAAGGCCCACCUUGGAUCUCCUCCCUGGGCAGGCAGUGGAGGGUUUCCUGAGGAAGGCUUUCCACACUUGGAUCCUUGUUUAGUUGGUGACUGUUGUUGCCUCUUGACGGGGGAACUGGGGUAACAGUGAGCAUUUACACUGAGCUGCUAACAAGUUCUUUCUUGGAUAAAUACAGUAAUUUUUAAUGUGGUUGUGACAAAUGUUAUUACUCCUAAAAGGUGUUUAGUCAAUACAAAUUUAAAUAACAGUUGAAGUCUUACACUCUUUCCUGUCUUUACAGCUUUUCUGACCUAGGAGCUUGCUGCCAACAGGAUAUUUAAUUUCAGUUCUGUGCAUACACAGCUGCAGGUGUAGGAAGAGAAUUCUGUUGUUCAGGUGCUUGUCUGGCUCAGAUUCAGAGUAUUAACAGGUAAAACUCUUCUCAGGCUCACCCUUUGCCCAGAUGAGUAUUUGGGACUUGGGACUUUACCAUCUUCUCCAGUUGAGACUUACUGCAGGACUGGAGUUGCUUUCUGUGCAGUGUUUACUUCCCUUUUGUGUGUGCAAAUGUUCUCACCUCUCAGUGUUGUGUUGGUGCCGUUGGUGAAGGAAACACCAUGACCCUGCCACCUUGGAACUGUACACACAGGUGGCACAGACCUCACCUGUGCAAACAUGCUUGUGCUGGAAGAUGAGGGCAAAGGAAGGUAGUGUCUUCAAGAUAGAAAUAAUUCUUAAAAAUAUUUAGCAUUUCUUUUUGAGCCAAUUAUUCCUGUUAAGCAUUUUCUUAAGAGUUCACUAAAAUAAAACGGAAAAGAUAAACUCGUAUUUUUAAAACACUGCUGCUGCUGCUAGAAAAACUUGGAGACUGCAGUAAAGCAGGGUUUGUGUGACAGCCUGAGAGUCUCUGUAGGUGCUUGUGAUAAGCUGGAAGCAAACCCUCCUGCAUCCCUGCUGCUCACUGCUCAGGUGUGUCCCAUGGUGCAGGGCAGCAGGUGACCCCGGCUGUGCUUUGGUCUGGAACCAAACCAUGGGGUGUUCCAGGCCUGGCUGCUGAUCCCAACAGCCCCAGGACAGGGCAUGGUGGGGAAAGAGCUGUUUGUCACAACUGGGUUCUUAGGAACGUCCAGCUUUGCUCUGGACACAUUCCAAAGCACCAGGCUCUGUGUCAGAGCUAUGCUCUCCUCUGUACAAACCUGCCUCUGCUAAUGAAGACAGUUAACUUUUAACAUUUUUUACACAAAGUAUUUCUGUUCACUUCACAUGAUGUUUGUAAUGUAGUAUGCCACUCACAGAUUAUCAAAUGAAUAAUUAUAUUACGAGGUACAGCUUUUAAUUCCAGCUACUCAGAUAUCUGUGAUAUACUCCUGUUUUAUUUGCCUUGAAUUUAGAGAAAUUUACUGUUGUAGGAAUCAAUUUAUGGACACUUCUGCUUUUCCCAGUUUUUUCCUUCAUCUGUAUGUAAUCUAUUUGACAUUUUACUGUGCUUCAUUAGUCAAUGCUGUGUCACCAAAUCAUUUUUCAAUUCUAAUCGUUCACUACUUUCCCUGCAGGCAUUUCAAUGCCAGCUCUUCUCUUAGGGGCUGAAUGUGAUGCUGGAAUGGUUUUUGUGUGUUGAGAUUUUGGGGUGCAACCCCAACAUAACAUUGUCCAUAACAUUGUCCUCCUUAUUACUUGGAAGAAAUAAUUUUUCCCUAGCUUGCAAAAGAUUGGUGCAUCAUUGCAGACAAGUUUGAAACUGAAUUUUGCUAUCAGCAAAAUGGGUUGCCUGUAACUUUUUGGCACAUGUAAAUUAAGAAAUUUUUGAUUGGAAAGACAUGAAAGGGAGCUGCUAGUGAUAGCUUGUCUCCCAAGUCACAGAUACUGAUUUACAAAGAAACCUGCAUGGACUGAGUUCAGAAACCAGUUAACUUUUGACCAUUGACAUUCCAUGGGGUUUGUUAUUUUGAAUGAACGGCCAGGAGUGAACCCUGUAACACUUUUUGUUAUCUCCAGUGGCCGUUGAGCACUGAGCCUCUGCUUCCUGGGGCUUCUUUCCCAGGUGGAAGAAUGUUCCCUUCUUCCCCCAACCCAACGGAUCCACUGCCUCAGCAGCCCCUGCACACAAAGGCUGGGUUGUUGUCUUCGCUUUUCUCGAGUUCAUUUAGCAAUUGGAGUCAUUCAGCACCACUUUGAAGAUGGGAGCCGGUG